CUAGCCUGACUACUCUGUUGUAGCUCAUGUAAUACAGUGCAACUCGAGGUGCAGCACAGUGAGAACGCUCGAUGCCGUGGCUCCUCUGUGCUUGACAGUGCUGUGUGCAAUUUUUGCUGUUUUGAGCUUUCAACCAGGGGGCUCCACUUUUGAUCCCGCCAUGUGGCUCUGGAUGGGUGACAAUGUGAAGAAGAGCCUUUGGCCAAUUGUGUUAGUGAUUCACGUGUAUAUGUGGUGUGUGUAAUGAAGUCGAAUAUGGGUUAACUUUGCAUAGCCAUCCGCGGACAGCGACAGGCAGUUAGUGAGUGAAAAUAUAGCUAUUCACAUCGUUGCCCUGUGGCUAACUAGAUAGGACAGUCACAAGAACCGAGCGAAACAUUCUAGGUCGCGUUAAACUGUCCGAUCGUCCGGCAGUAGGAGUGACAGCUUUGAAUUGGGUGAUUAUUCCCGCGAGAAAUUCCGGUACACGGUUGCUGUAAUCCUAUUCUAGUGUCCGAAUAGAAACGAUUGGACAAGCCCAAUUUGGUCGAAAUGGGAUACUUGUGUACACUGGAACAUGCUUGCAUAGAAAGAAGCCCGUCAACGAGAAAUGAAAUGAAUAAUUGAAUUUUGUGGACUAUCAGGUUUUGUGAUUUUUUGUCUGGUGAAAAUUCACACUCAACUCACAAGGGUAUGUCGUGUAUAUAAAUAGUGUAAUUGAGAAGUGAUAUAUGCAGAACUACAUACAUGGUUUUGUGCAAGGAUUCAGGACGUUGCUAGUCACAGUCAGUCGGUUGGUGGUUUGCAUUUCACACUGGAUUAUUCAUAGCUAUAGUGUAGUAGACCAUCUCAUGCUGGUAUCGUAAUUGACUGCGCGCCAACCUAACCUAUGUAUUACCUGUGAAUGAGACUUUGAUAAGAGCGAAAGCCGCGGCUUUUGAGGUUGAACGGUAAUGAUUGUGAGUGUAGUAUACAUAGUUAUGUAAAGCGACAUCGUCCUGUGUCACUGAAAAUCGUAUGCGGUACACUGCUGAAGCUAAUGUGUAAAAAGGUGUAUUUCCUCUACGUCUAGCUAGCCCAAUUAACGGCAUCCUGCUAUGCGGUGUGACCAUAGGUGUUGAAGUUAUGUUUGCCACGCCACUGAGCACUGGGAAAAAGCGAAAAAGAAUCGGAUUAUCUCACCUGUUUUCCGUGACCAUAACAAACAGUGUUCAUCGCAUGACUUUGAGCGCACCGUAAAAGCUUGCUACCAGCAGUGCCGAGAGAACAACGCGAUGCUGGCAAUCAUGGAAAGUGAUGUGAUUUGCCUGGAUUCAGACGAGGAAGGCGAAAACGAGCCAGUCGACCGUAAAAAAGGCGAAAUGGAAAUCAACACCCGAGCUAUCAUCGAUGAGGUGUUGCUCCGUCCGCUGCAAGCACUAUCGUUAAAGCUAUAUUUCGAAAGUGAUUGCAUCGGCGCACCAUCGUUGCUCGCGGGAGACGGACAUAAUGGUCUCCUUAGCUAUGAUCGAUUGGCCAUCGAUGAGAAUCGAUGCACGGCCAUAGUGCGACGUGUUGCCGAGCUGGUGCAGCGUUUUGGCCGGCAGAGAUUCCCGAGCGGUUCCGGCGACCUUGCCCUGCAACGGGAAGCAUGGAGGCAGGUCUUGAAAUUUUUGUUCCUGCUUCGGGCGAUUGGCCCGGGAUCGAUGAUUUACGAUGGUGCUGGGAAUUCCGUUGCAUCGGGGCAUCCCCGGGAGCUUCCGUCUGGAACCCGAAGAUAUCGGCUGACAGUGAUGGAUGUUCUGGUUGAUUACAUCCGCCACAAAUGCUCGGUACUGGCCGGGGAGCGCAAUCCCGCAGUUCUACUGACCGAGAGCAAUCAGAUCGUAAGCAACUUGUACAUCAUUUUCGACGGUGACAGUGAGUUCGUCACGCUAACCCUACUGAAGACGGAUCUGCUAGCUGGCAGCAGUGCCGUCGCUCUGAUGUAUCCGGUUUUCGAACAGAUUCUCACCAGCCAGGCUCGACGAACGGCCCACCCGCUCAGCCUGAUGGACUUUGUGCGACUGCUGCUGUGCUACAAAAAGUGGAAAGCCAUGGUUCCGGCACGCCGAGAUAAGGACUCUAUCGGGGCGCUGGCAACGAAGAUACUGCCGACGCGUUGCCCUGAGGCAAAGGCCAAACAGGAUCUGCCGUUUGUUCGGAUGCUUCCGCGGGUUAGCGCCACGGCAAAGGGGCAGGACAACGAAACCAGAUUUCUCCUAUCGAAGGACCUGAUGGAUAUCGAACAACUUUGCACCAUCUAUUUUCGCGAGUAUGAGAAACGAUUUUUCCAGCGGUACGAAAGGAAACUGUCCGCCUUAGAAGUCAAAAGCAAUCACAUCAACAUCGAUGCGCUGGCCGAAUUCAUUCAACGAAAAUGCAAUCUGCUCCGGGGCAUCCACAGACAAGUGGAGUCAACGACGACGAAAAGCAUCAACAGCAGCAGCACCCAUCAGCAGCAGCAGCAGCAGCAGCGAAAGCAGCAACUCCAGCACGAGUCAAAUGCCAUCAUCAGCAGCCUGCGGUUGAUAUUCCGCCGGGAUGAAUACUUUAUAACGCUGACCUUGCUGAGAGUGGAAACGGGUCCGGCAUGGCAGUGCAUUCUCGGGCCAGUUUACGAGAGGUUUCUAGCCCAGCUGGACCCGGCAACUGUCACAACCAACAGCGUGGAAUCGUACGGGCGGCUGCUGCUGUGUUACGUCAAGUGGAAACUGCUGUACGGUGAUCCGGACAAGAGCGGACCAGCAGGUGUCCACUGGGAGCGGAUCGAUACGAUUGCUCUUGCGACACUUCCUUACGAUUUUCCGCGGGCGGUCAAGCGAAAGGAGCUCGCGCUGAAGGACCUCUUUCCCAAGGUGGCAACCGCGGUCGGUCGCCGGAGAGGAAAAUCGGCGAAAGUCACCGUGACGAGAGCACUGCUGAAUUCGAAACACAUUCAAGAUAACAUCCAAGAAAUGUGCUUGAAAUUUUUGGCCAUUUGCCGCGAUGGACGAACCAAUCGAGCGGAUAUAUCAACGACAAUCGGAACGCAACUCACCAGUGACGACGAUGAAGUGGAAAUUAUCAAGUCCGAGUCCAACUCAGUUAUCGUUCUGGACAGCGACGACGAAUUUGAACCAGACAACUGUACUGAUACCGAUACCAUGUGCUCAAAAACGACCGAAUGCGUCGACUUUAUUGGAAGGGGACAACAUCUCGAAACGGAACGCUACUGUGCCAACGGAAAAAUGUUCGAAACUGAUCAAUCUCUAAUGGAAACGGUUUUUAAUACUCCGCCUGCAACGCCCAAAGCAGAUGAUGCGCUUCAGGACUGUCAGUCUGCUCGGAGUGUCUCCACUGCAGUGUGCAAAGCACGAAAGCAAAAACGGCUGCUCCCACCGGGUGUCAACUUUAAAAUAUCCAAAAAUAUACGACUACACAGCUGUCGGAAGAAGCGAGAUUUCCUGACAGCUUUCAGAAAGUUGGCAUCGAAAAAGUGUUUUCAUGUCAGAUUAAGCUCGGAUCUGGUGGAUUAUUGUUUGCUGAAAAAAAUGUGUGAUGCAACUGUUUUCGUAGAAGUAAUUAGCUUUGAAGAUACACAUCCAACCGUUGCGAUCCCAUUAAAAAUUAGCGGAAAUGAUUUAUUGUUUGCCAAUAGGUCUUUUAGUAGUCCUGCGUCAAUUAUUUUAGAAGAACCUAUUUUGCAAAACAUCGAUGCCAAAUCGUUAGUAGAUAAGGAGCAUACUGAAGACGAUCAAUUGAUGACGUUGAUAGCAGGAAUCGACGAUAUUCCAUCACUACCAUCGUCUUCGGUGGAUUUUGCUAUAUUUGCCGAAGAACCGGAGCGGUUUUCAAUCGAAGCACUUACCAACGACCAAGCUCCUCCAUCGUCCGUUAUGGAUGAGUGUUUUAUGUGGCCUGAUGACGCCUAUUCCAUUUUCUCGAAUCUAGACUUUAACUUGUGGCUGGAGCCUGAAUUUUCAAGCUUCGCGCCGCAACCGCCAAAGACAGCUUCGUUGGUUUGAAAACUUGGCCAACGGUAAAACGGCAUUCCGAGCGCAAUUAUGAAAUAGAAAAUACGUAUCAAGAUAUUAUCGGUUUCGAACAUUUCAUCGAAUUGGUUUCAGAGAGUUAUCCAAACAAAACAAGAAGAAGCACUGUAUCAGUACAAUCAUAAAUAUCACCAUAAGGCAAUCUAGCUUAAGGAAUACUCAAACAUAUUACGAAUGCUUUCGAUAGCCUGGAACAGGAAAAGAAAGAUUAUAUUAAAAUAAUAAAUAAAUCGACCAAAAUCGAAUCCGUUGCAGUGAUAAAUGUGAUCGUAAAAUUAAAACCAGAAACAGCACAAACUAGAUAGCUUACGUAGCGUCCAGCAUUGGGACCUAUCGGCGAGGCAACACAACUUCAAUCACCCGACUCACACACAGAGAGCCUAAUGUUCCUCUUGAUGUUUCUGCAGAAACACAAAAUCGACACUCACACACAUCUCCUCCAUAAUAUUCUCAGUGGUUUCCAAUUACUACACUUACUUGAUAGCGUUAGACUCGAGAUAUAAGAUAAGCAUGCCCUAAUGAACUUCGGUGUCUAAUGAUUGUGAUGGUGUAAAGUUGUUCUUACUUAGGCUAGGAUUAAUGAAAUCGAGCUUCGGAGAAUCCGUCAGGAGAGAGAGACACACAGAAAGAGAUAUUGGCCAAAAGGAAAUGUACGGCCGUUUUGGUUGUGAACGAAAUAAAGCAUAUAUGAGAAAAA